AUGGCAACACACAUCGGCGUGGGUUUAGAUAGUAUUGUUAGCCAUGGUAAGGUGUUUCUUCAUAUUUUAACCAAGAUAUUCAAGAACAUAAAGAUAAAGGCAUAUACCAUCAUGUCGCAACAGUACAGCCUCCGGUGGAAUAACCACCAACCCAACUUCAUUUCUAUGUUUACUACACUUCUAAAUACACAGACCCUUGUUGAUGUGACCCUAGCUGCAGAAGGCAAGCAUUUGCAAGCACAUAAGGUUGUGUUAUCUGCAUGUAGUACAUAUUUUCAGGCACUAUUUGUGGACAACCCUUCUAGACAUCCAAUUGUUAUUCUUAAGGAUGUCUCAUUCUCAGAUUUACGCACCAUGGUAGAUUUUAUGUACUAUGGUGAAGUAAAUGUUACUGAAGAACAACUACCACAGGUACUUGAUACAGCCAAACUGCUGAAAAUAAAAGGAUUAACUGAGAUGCCAGAUUCAACAUCUCUUACGCGGUCACAGGGGACUUCUGCAGAUUUUCAAUCCCCAGGAGACUCCAUAGACUCACAGAGGCAUUCUGCAUCACCUGCAGCUUCACCAUCAAAUAAGCGUAGAAGACGUCGAAAAAGUUCCACUGGUUCAACAUCUCUAAACAUGAUGCCCGAAGAUAACAGAAAUGAAGAUCCUGGACAGUCUGUAGAUUUAGUUCGAGGAGAUUCCAUCACACUGAGCAGCUUGCCACAGCAAAGAAGGAUGAGGGAGUAUCAGGAUGAUAGAAUGGAAAAUACACAACAGGCUGCCGAUCAACACAACCUCAAUGUGGAGCCUCUAUCAAUGGAAAACAACCCUACAGGAAUUCCACAAGGAGGCCAAUGGAGUAUGAUGGAGCACACAUACCCCCGUUACUCGAACGCAUGCAUCGGCGGUGGCGGUCUUCAACCGGAUCACGGCAUGUACAUCAACAACGUUAUGAACCCGCACAUGGAUUCGGAUAUGAACGAUUACGGACAGGGCCUGGGCGUGACCGGCCCUUCGCCCGGGCCCAGCUGCAUCGCGGAAGCACAAACCGCCCAGGAGGUUAUGCCGCAGACGCAGCCGAAACGACGUCGCACCACGAACCCACAGUCCGAAGAGAACUUCCAGCGCGCCCUGGAAGCGGUCCGCUUCGGCGGCAUCGGCUUCUGCAAGGCGGCCCGCAUGUUCGGCGUGAACAACAGAACCCUGUGGCUCGAGUACAAAAAGAAGGGGUAUCCCAACAACCGGCCCAGUAUCAAGAGCAGGAUAAAGCGCGAGCACACAACCCCGCCGCCGGAGCCGAAGGAGGAGGUGCCGCAGCAGGACCAGCAGAUGGCGCUCCUAUGCCCCCCGCACCCAGUGCCGGUGGGUUUCAUAGACUCGCGGCCGAUCGACUUCCCGCUGCAGGGCGUGCCGCACAACUCUCCCUUGAACAUCCUCGGGGCGCGCUCGUUUCGCACCAGGUUGAGGGCUCGCGAGGUGAUCGAUACCGAUGUUCCAGAUGCAUUCGCGUCGCAAUCGAGUGUGCGCUUGCGACGCACGAAAUACUUCAAGCGACAGAGCCGCGUGCCCGACGAGCGGGAGGUCAGGAAGCAGGUUUCGGAGCCAGCGCCGGCUACCGGUCUGCCGGUACUGCAAAAACACGAGUCCUACCCACAGUACUCGUCCAACAAGGGCCAGCGCCUGAGGGCCAACGAGCGCGCGGUGGGCUCGCUGCUCAUAAAGCUGGUGGACCGGCAGUCCAGCGCGACGUCGACGUCCACCUCGUUCGAGGCGGCGGAGGGGGCGUUGCAGGCGCAGCGCGCUAGCCACACGCCCGCGGUGCGCGACGGCCCCCCGCUCAGCUGCAACUUCUGCUGGAACACGGUGGACGAGUGCGGGCGCAUUUUGCGCCGCAAGACCCAGUACCACUGCCCCGAGUGCCGCACCAACCUCUGCAUAGUGCCCUGCUUCCACGAGUACCACGACCUGCCCGAGGGCGAGGCCACGGCGAGCGCAAGG